UCCUCCUCUCCUCCUCUUCUUCUAACACCCACGUUUCUCAACCUUCCACGAGUCGGUCGAGACAUGUCUGACGUCGACGAUGAGCUGCUGGCUCUGGCCGGCGACGGAGCCUCGUCGUCCUCUGGCUCGCCUGCGCCCAAGACGGCUGCGUCGUCUGCAUCGAGAAAGCGCGCGACGGCGAGGUCCUCGGGCGGAUCCAAGUCGAAGCGACGGCGAAGAAACGACGCAGAUGACGAUGAAGACGACGACGAUGACGAUGAUGAGGAAGAUGAGGAUGACUACAACGAUGAAGACGCAGAGGGAGAGGAAGAGGAUGAGGACGCGGAGGGCGAGGACGAGGACGCAGAGGGGGAAGAUGACGAAGAUGAGGAGACUGCCAAUCCUUAUCCCAUCGAGGGCAUCUACAAGGACGAGGAGGACCGCGAGCGGUUGCUUGACAUGCCCGAGCUCGAGAGAGAAGCCGAACUGGCAGGCCGUCGUGACGAAAUCUCCAAGAGAAGGCAAAAGGCCGAGCUGGCUGCUCUCGUGCGAUCCCAACGAGCCGCCGCUGGUCGGGGAAAGAAGGAAGCAAAGCCGGUGAAGAAGGCCAAGAAGAAGGCGGCCGCGGCCAGGAAGAGUGCGCCGAAGAAGAAGGCAGCUGCUAGGAGGAAGAAGAGGUCCAGCGAUGAUGAUGACGAGGACGAGGACGAAGACGAGGAUGAUGAUGACGAAGAGGAAGAGGAAGAGGAAAGCGAUUUCGAAGAGACAAGAGGUCGAGGAAAGAGAGCAAAGCGCGCCGUGGGCACCUCAGACAGCAAAGCCUCGACCUUGAACAAGCUCAAAAAGUCUAGGGCCAAGGCUGCUGCGAAACGAAGGGGUUUAGAUGCGUCGGACGACGACGACGAGGAUGACGACUCGAGCGAGUACGAUGCAGAAGAGGCAGAGGCGCUCUGGGCCAGGAAAAAGGAGAGGGAGAGAGAGAGACAAGGGUAUGGGCGAGGAACCAGGGGCCAGGAGCAGAGCAAGCCGUCGAGGGAGCAAGAGAGAAUUGCUGCCAGGAAACCCUACGUCUUGCCAGACCUGGAGGAUGUCAAUGCAGCCAGGCUCAGGAAAGACCACUUCACGCGCCUGGUGCACCGACCGGACUGGCUCCACGUCCUGGAAGGUCGUUUCGUACGCAUCGAAUAUCCCACCAAGGAUCGCGAGGGGCGAAGUGUCAUGACCUACCGACUGGUGCAGAUUCUCGACUGCUCUGGUACUGGUCGGCACUACCAGAUCUCGGAUCAGUACACCAACGUCUACUGCACCAUGCUCUAUGGCGAAGAGAAGCUGCGCGACGCGCCGUUGUCGGUGAUCAGCAGCAGCGACGUGACGCUCGACGAGCUGGAGCGGUGGAAGAGCCGGGUCAACAGUGCCAUGUCGACGUCUUCGAAGAUGCAGCGCAUGUUCCCAAGCAAGGAGAAGACUCAGGACCAAGCAGAGGAGCUCGAGACGUACAUUGCUCGGCCCUUCACCGAGGACGAUAUUACCAAGAUGCUCAACGCCAAGCGACAGGCGCGAGUGGCGUAUGAGCAGGAGCAGUCCCAGCGAGCGGCUGAUGGGCCCAGAGCCAAUGCCAAUGGCAGCGCCAAUGGUUCUUCGAUGUCAGGGACGAAGUUCGAUGAAAAGGCGAUGGCAGCCAUCAACGAGCGGCACCGGAGAGCCGACCGGCAGAGGAUUGCAGAGGCUGAACGGAGAAAGGCGCUACUCCAGCGCGCCGCACUAGGCAUCUCGACACCCAACCGAGGAGGCUCGACGUCGGGCACUGCGACGCCUACCAAUGGCGCCGUCGUUGGUGUUCCGUCGUCCGCGUCGCAUGGCUCGAGCGCGGGAAAAGUCCUGCCGACAGGAGAGGUAGAGGCAAAGGGAAGCGUCGCGGCCGAUUCUCAGACGGUGACGGCUGCAUCUGCGCACGACAAUACCGUCGCGGUGCACGACGUCGACGUGGAUUUGGGCGACUUCUAAAUGUAAUCUUAGAUUGAUCGAGUCGUACUACUCAAGCUCUUCUCAAUGCAAGUACAUGCCCAUUUGGAAGAGUAUAACCCUCGCAUCUUCUCUCAAAGACUGCGUACGCAUGGCAAGACCAGAAGCCUUUCAUUCCCUGAGAGCAAUAACAAGAAAAAAAAGGAGGAAUGUCAGCCUCCGAACGAGGAAGUAUUCCAUGCUGAAACCCCUCAAUGACCGCGACCGUCUUCCACCCUCU